AUGUCCACAAAGAUGCAUAUACGAAUCCAGAACGGAGUCGCAUCCACACACACACACACACAAACACCUUGGCAGAAAAUCGAGCUGGCUUUUAGCCGACUCGAGAUGGAGGAGGGCCAGCUCACCGAAUCCAUUGAGGACACGCAGCCCACCCCCGGUCCAAAUGCUGUUUCGACAGCUCCAUUUUCAUGA